AUGGACCUGAUGGAGAGGAGGAAGGUGAAGAUCAUGUGUAUGCGGGAGAUGAAGUGGAAGGGAAGCAAGGCCAGAGAACUGGGAAAUGGAUUCAAACUGUUCUAUGUCGGAGAAGACGGAAGAAGAAACGGGGUCGGCAUUGUCCUGUGUGAUGCCCUCAAGAAGGGAGUACUGGAAGUGAGGAGACCUUCAGAUCGAAUCAUCUGGAUGAAGGUGGAGGUGGGAAAACAGGUGGUGAAUAUCAUGAGCGCAUACGCCCCACAGCAAGGAUGCACAGAUGAAGAAAAAGAAGAAGUUCUGGGAAGAAUUGGACGCGGAGAAAGCCCCAAGACACAGGAUCACCUACCAAAGUGGAGGGUCACAGACACAAACGGCUACAUCCUAUGCCGCUCAAAUGACAAAAACACCAAAGACUGUAAAGUCAUUCUAGGAGAAGGUAUCACAAACCAACAUCGGCCAGUCAUCUGCACACUGAGAGUUGAAAGCUCAGACAAAGUCUGGAAUGCCAAAAACCAAAUGGUGGAAGCUGAAAGACGCAGAAAGGAAGCGAGGAAGAGAAGUUUUGUGGACCUGUCAGAAGAGAAUAGAGCCAAGUACAAAACAGCAAAAAGGGAAGCAAAGAGAGCAGUGGCAGUGGUGAAGGCAAGAGCGUAUGACCAGCUCUAUAAAGACCUGGAUACCGGUGAAGGCAUGAAGAAGGUACUGAAGAUGGCAAAGCAAAGGGAUAAGAACUCAAAGGACAUCUAUCAGGCGAAGUUGAUAAAGAGUGAGGAGGGAAAUGUGCUGGUAAAGGAUGAAGAGAUCCUGGAGAGGUGGCAGACAUAUUUCAUCGAACUCUUGAAUGAAGAAAACACUAGGGAAGCACGGGAGGAGGAACAAGCAGAGAACCUGGAAGUGGUGGAGGCCAUCACGGAAGACGAGGUAAAGAGAGUGCUCAAGAAGAUGAAAAACGGGAAGGCGGUGGGUCCCGACAACUUGCCCAUAGAACGCACGAUUGAACACAAGCUGAGGAGACUGGUCAAUAUCAGCAAAGAGCAGUUUGGAUUCAUGGAGGGGAAGUCGACUACGGAUGCCAUUUUUGACUUGAGACAAGUGCAGGAGAAGUACAGGGAGAUCCAUAAAGAGCUUCAUGUCUUGUUCAUUGACCUGGAGAAGGCCUACGACAGAGUGCCGCGGGAGGAGCUGUACUGGUGCAUGCGAGAAAAGAACAUCCCAGAGAAGUACAUUAGCAUCGUUAAAGACAUGUACAAGGAGAGUGAGACAAUGGUGAGGAAACAACUUGUUACCUGUGAUGCGCCUUUGAAUUUGGUGCAUCAUGUUCAAGCUUCACUGGACUCAGGGUCAGAGGCAAGGCUUGUUUUCCAAGACUUUACCUCAGCCUUUGUCGUGAUCAACCAGAAACUCAACAGUAAAUAUGCUGCAUGGGAUUUCUUGUAA